UAUUCUGUUAAUAGCAGUCUAUUAGAAGCCCACUUCUAGAAAAGGGUCAUUUCACACUUUGAUCAGCAGACGAAAGAGACCCCACGAUGAUCCGAUCCAAAGUUGCAGAGCGCGAAUCUAAGACAGCAAACCAAGAACUCAAAGACAGUUCAGAGGUUUCCCCAGUCAAGGUACAGAACCACCAUUCCAUAGACGCCAUUCUUGGCAGAAAGCAGGAAGGAAAGCAGCUAAAAAGACAUCAUCAGAAAACGGAAAACCCUGAUGAAUACUCUGACGAUGAAGAAGAUGGUGUCACAGAUACCGAGCUCAGCUCCGGCGAGACUAAAUCAGAUGAUACAGGUGAGAGUUCUGCCAAGAAGAAGCUCAGACGCAACAGAACAACAUUCACAACGUACCAGCUACACGAGCUUGAACGCGCCUUCGAAAAAUCUCAUUACCCCGACGUAUAUACAAGAGAAGAACUUGCGUUGAAAAUAAGUUUACCUGAAGUUCGAGUUCAAGUUUGGUUCCAAAACAGACGAGCCAAGUGGCGGAGACAGGAAAAACUAGAGAUGGCGACCCUGCAAGAUCUCCCUUCACCCUCUUUAUCCCGUAGUAGCGGAGGGUACGGGAGUCUCUCUUUCUCCGAUAUGUGGAAAGGUUCUCUCCCUUUCGCUUCAAGUGCAUAUGGUACAUACGGAUCUGCUCUCUACGCCGCGUCAGGAACAGCAGGAAGUCCAUCCCCGGCUCUCGGGUAUUUUACCCCAUACGGUCAUUCAGCAUUAGCUGCAUAUUCCUCGUAUUUACCCGCGCAAAUCGCCUGCCCGGGCGCUCUUUCAGAAAUGUCUCUCGCUAUGAGUCCGACUUCUACCUCAAGUUCGAGUCCUACAGACGAAAGGUCUUCAAGUAUCGCCACUCUACGAUUCAAAGCUAAAGAACACUUGGAAAAUAUAGGAAGAGCUGACGAUCCUCCCAUAGUUGCUGUAGAACUUGUAAAUUAGAGAUCUAGUGAAAUGUUGUAAUUAUGAAAAUUGUACUGUAAAGUAGAAGGAUUGAUAGCUUAAAGAGGGGAAUAUUGGUGUAUGGGAAACUCUACGUUAUUUUUGAAUCAUCACACACGUGCUUAGACAUUCUCUACUGAUAACUAUAUAUUGGUGUAUAACUGUUAUCAUCUUAUCGCUACCAUCUUCUUAAUGGAAAAUGAUAACGAUCUAAUGCUUAUUUAGUGUCAUUUAUGACACUUAUUUAUUUUCUUCUCGAGUGACGAAAGUACACCGUUUAUGUUUGGCAGAUUUGUACAAACUAUUUUGCGAUGUUUACAUCGAAGCGAGCGCGCGAUGAAAUCCUAUUUCUUCUAGCUUACAUAUUUUUAAAUUUUACAUCACUGGCAAUGAAGAUUGGCCACUCAUGGUUUUUCAUAGUCACAUCUUUAUGGUUUUUCCAUUUUUUAUUUCAUUUAUCCCGUCUUUAUUUCUUCAUUUCCAAUUGUCAAUGUCAGUAUUUCUUCCAUGUCACAACAUAGACACAGCCAUCAUCAUAUUAUUUAUCUCGCUAUCAUAAACAAAAGACAAUAACAAACUUGUCAGAAACUUUUUUUGACGAUUGAAAUAUUUUCACGCAUAUCUUCUACAAACGCAGCAAAUAUCUUGGCUGUAAUUAAGGGUAGCUAAGACCACGCAAUGCAAUGUAUAUAUUUUGCUAAAUUGUAAAGUUAAUAAACACGAUUUUAAUGAA